AGCUCAAACAGUAUAGAAAGCACAGAACUGAUCAUUACACCUAGCAAAAAGAAAUAUUGAAUUUACUGAAAAGGUCUCAAUAGUGGCAUUAUUUUGCAGAAAUCUAAGAAAGACCCCGAUGUAACUAGUCGCUAAAACAGGGUCAAAAUCGACUUUACACUGCUGCUAUCAUCGGAGUUGAAACCGGGUUCGUACUGUCGUGACCGAUCAGUUGAAAUCUCCUAAUUUCCCUCUCAAUUCCAAGCAACAGUUUACCCAAAAAACAAAACAAAACAAAACAAAAAAAAUAUGUCGCAGCGACGCGAUGAUUAUACCUCAAUAGUUGAAGCCAUGACUUUGAUCGAUCAGAAAGUUAAUUUCAUGGGCGUCGUCCUCGAAACUAGCUUUCCAAGGAAGACCAAGGGCACUGAUUAUUUCUGCUUGGUUAAAAUCACUGACCAGUCAUACCAAAGUCGUGCGCUUUCUGUUAAUGUUUUCACUGAGACGAUAGAGAAACUGCCUCUGGUACUCAAUGCUGGUGAUAUUAUUCUGCUUUUUAACGUUAGGAUGAAAGUUCAUAAUUCCGUGGUUCAUGCUGUGUUCAACAAAUACUUCUCUUCGUUUGCUUUGUUUGAUGGAGAGUAUAGUACAACCUUCCUUCCCUAUCAAUGUCAUGUGCCAUAUCUUCCUAGGGAGCGGGAAGAGAAACUUAUACUCGGUUUAAGGAAGUGGUCGGUUGAUCAUCCUAUUAUAACAAGCUUAAUAAAUUUUCAAUCUUUGAAAGAUAUCAGGGAAGGAGACGGCUUCAAUUUGGUUUGCAAGAUUCUGCGUGUAGUUAGACAAGAUGAGUGGAUCCUUCUUGUGUGGGAUGGAACUGACACUCCACCAGUUGCUAUUAAUGCAAGGUUAGAGGAUGAACUGCAAACCCCACUUCCUUUAGAGUCGGUGCCAGUUUGUCUGCCAAGAGACAAAUUCUGCAAAUUGCCAUCUCUUGGAACUGUGCUGAGGGUAACUCUGGAUUGUGGCAAUGAGAAACUUGGAAUGAACGUGCUCAGGACCAAUAGAUGGGUGAAAAUUGAUAACCUAAGAUGUCAACUUCUUGACUCACUGUGGCAUGCUGCCCUCUUCCCGACUACUAGGUUUUGCUAUUUGCGCGAUGAAGAUCACAUUGUUUCGCAGCGCAUGAGGGAGUUUGAUAAGCGUAUCAAAUCUAAAUGGGGAUGGAUGCCUCUUUCAGCCUUACCUUGGCCAACUCAUGUGACAGUGACCGACUAUUCAGAAGUGCCCUUUGUCUCCUUGAUGAGAGCUCUUGUGAAUCCCAAGGUGGUCGGUAAAUUCCAUUGUGUCGUUCGGGUUGUGGCAUCAUUUCCUUGGAUAGUUGAGGAUUUUCGCUCCCCUUCUGGCGUUUAUAGGAUCAGGUUAACCAUAGAGGAUCCUACUGCCAGAAUCCGCGCCUAUCUAUAUGCUGAGGAUGCGGAACAGUUCUUUGGUGGCUACCCUUCUCUCGAUGUGCUAAGAAGAAUGCGAAAUUUGUUGCUUGGAAUUUCUGAAAGUGGUGGUGAUAGUGAAAGGAAUGAAACUUGCAGGAAUCCACCCUGGAUAAUGUGUUGCUUGAAAUCCUAUCACAUUAAUGACAGUGAUAUCUGGGGAAGCAGGAACUUUCGAAUUUUUGCAACCACGCUGAAGAUGUAAGCAAGUGAAACUUGUAUAUUUACAGUGUAUAUGUAAAGCGCCAAACAUGUUGCCUCCAUGUGACCAGGAGCGUGGAAACAGCCUCUUGCAGAAAUGCAGGGUAAGGUUGCGUACAAUAGACCCUUGUGGUCCGGCCCUUCUCCGGACCCCGCGCAUAGCGGGA